AUGUCCACAGCCGAAGCAUCUAUCCCGCCUUCAUUGAUAAACGUCAAGGCGUUGCUCUUCGAUGUCUUUGGCACCGUAGUCAACUGGCGCUCGACGGUCCACGCAGAGCUCGUCAAGCGAGCACGCGAGAAGCUCUCGUCGCCCGGCAGUCUCCCGGAACCACUACGUGCCCGCCUGCAGAAGAUCACCGACGACGACGACUGGGCGAGGUUCGCGCAGGAAUGGCGGAAUAGCUACGGCAAGUUCACGCGGACCUUCGUGCCCGGGCAGACGCCCUGGAAGGACAUUGAUACGCACCACCACGAUAGUCUACUGGAGCUGCUGGAGGCCUGGAGUAUCCGUGCCGCGUACACAGAGACCGAGGUACGGAGUCUCAGUCUGAUCUGGCAUUACCUGGCGCCGUGGCCGGACUCGUCUGCGGGCCUCGCCAAGCUGGGCACCGCGUACACGACAGCGACCCUGUCGAACGGCAACCAGGCGCUGCUGCGAGACCUUGACGAGACCGGGCAGCUCGGGUUCCAACACCUGAUAUCGUCGGCAGACUUCGGCGCGUACAAGCCGCAUCCGAAGACGUAUCUCGGGGCAGCGGCAAAGCUGGGUCUCAGGCCUGAUGAGUGCGCGCUCGUGGCUGCGCACCUGGGCGAUCUCCAGGCGGCAAAGAGCCAUGGGUUCGGGGCUAUCUAUGUCGAGCGGUCGCGGGAGGAGGCCUUCUCGCCGCAAGAGGUGGAGGAGGCAAGAGGCUGGGUGGACUUGUGGGUUGCGGAGGGUGAAGGUGGCUUUGUUGAGGUGGCGCGGCGACUUGGGAUAUCCAAUUGA